CGAGGAGGAGGCGGCAUGGAGGCGCCGACAACUCCCAAGUUUCUGCUGCAAAUCAUGCGGCUGCUGAGGAGAAAAGAGACGCUGAUAGAGCAGGCCAGGGCUCAUAAUGACUCGAUGCAAGCAUUGCGCGAUGGUGAUACCGACAUGGAUGGCGAAAAGCAAGCUCGUAAAAACGAGAAAGCACAUGAAAUUCAAAAGGAGUAUGCUUGGUGUAUUGUGCAGGUUGAUCGGACCAACUUUCAACUGAGGAAUGCGCUGUGGGGCGUAGCACUUGGCCUGUAUGAGGGAAGCGAGAAGAACAAUCUGACAGCCCCCCUGCUCCCUCCCGCUGCGGAUUCAAACCAUGUGGGAGACAAGAGACACGGAGCCAACGGCACGUUGCAGCAAUGCGAGCAGACAGCGAGCGCCUUGUUCCGAGGGGUCGUGAUGAGCUCGGAAUCACUGGACCAAGAGAAUGAGUUGAGCCACGGCACUCAAGCCGCUCAGCCUUUGAUCGAGAGCUGCCUGGCUAUCCUACUGCUGUUGAGGAAGUACGAGGAGUAUACAGCAGCCAUGGCGGCAGGAACCAAGAGCGGAGACCUUCAGAGCAAGGAGCAAUGGGAUGCAAGCUUUAACGCUCUGCUCAAUGAGAUCCGACCGCAAUCGACAUGCAAUGACGCUCUCUUCCAGGACAUUGUACAGAACAUCGAAACUCUGAAAGAAUCCAUAAACAACGAGUAGUC